AUGCUGUGCCUCACGGUAGCCUUCCAGUUGCUGCUGGUGCUGGUGCUGUGCAGCCAGGGUAUAGAGAGGUGUCCUUCAGCCUUCUGCGAGUGCUCUGACUGGGAGGACUACAAAAUCACUUGCAGGGACAUCUACUUUAUCCCCAGCCUUCCGGAGGACACCCAGACCCUGAGGUUUUUGGAGACUCAUCUAAGAAAAAUUCCAGGUGACGCUUUUUCCAAUCUCCCCAACAUCUCUAGGAUUUACAUCUCCAUAGAUGAAACACUUCAGAGUCUGGAGGCCCAUUCCUUCAACAGUUUAAGCAAAGUCACUCACAUUGAAAUUCGUUAUCUGAGAAACUUGGAUUACAUAGAUCCAGAUGCCUUUAAGAACCUCCCACUUUUGAAAUAUCUUGGUAUUUUCAAUACUGGACUCAAAGUAUUUCCAGACCUCAACAAAAUCUAUUCAUUUGAUGUGAAUUUUUUGCUUGAAAUUGCAGAUAAUCCUCAUAUGACUUCAGUGCCUGCAAAUGCUUUCCAUGGGCUUUGUAAUGAAUCUCUAACCCUUAAACUCUACAAUAAUGGCUUUACCAGUAUUCAAGGCCAUGCUUUUAAUGGGACCAAUCUGGAUGCUAUCUAUCUGCACAAGAACAAAUACCUCAAAGUUAUCAAUGAUGAUGCAUUUCUGGGAGUGCACAGUGGACCAACUUUACUGGAUGUCUCCAGAACAGCUGUUACCAACCUUCCAGCCAAAGGAUUGGAAAGCCUAAAAGAACUAAUGGCCAAAAAUACGUGGACUUUAAAGAAAUUACCAGCUGUAAAGGUAUUUCUUCAGCUAAUGCGAGCUGACCUAUCAUACCCAAGUCACUGCUGUGCUUUCAAGAGCUGGAAAAAAAAAAGUGGGAUCCUGGAGUACCUGAUGUGCAACCAGAGUAGCCACAGCUUUCAUAAGAGAUCAGUCAAGACUCUCAGAGAACCAUUUUACAAAGAUUAUGCAGAAGAAUACACAGACCACACCAAUGCUGUGUAUGACACAAUCACCAAAUUCACAAGUUUUCAUGAAAAUCCCCAUUAUUACAUGUUUUUGGAAGAGCAUGGAGAAGGAAAUCUUGGCUUUGGCAAAGAGCUCAAGAACCCUCAAAUGGAAGAUGUCCAGACCUUUGACAGUCAUUAUGACUAUCCUGUCUGUGGAGGCAAUGAAGAUGUAAUAUGCACACCAGAGCCUGAUGAGUUUAAUCCCUGUGAGGAUAUAAUGGGAUAUCAAUUUUUGAGGAUUGUGGUGUGGUUUGUGAACCUGCUUGCCAUCCUAGGCAACAUUUUUGUCCUUUUCAUUCUUCUCACCAGUCAUUAUAAACUGACUGUACCUCGCUUUCUGAUGUGCAACUUGGCCUUUGCUGACUUUUGCAUGGGGCUAUACCUUCUUCUGAUCGCUUCGGUGGAUCUCUACACCAGGUCAGAGUACUAUAAUCAUGCCAUAGAGUGGCAGACUGGGCCUGGCUGCAACACAGCCGGGUUUUUCACGGUCUUUGCCAGUGAACUUUCUGUGUACACCCUGACCGUGAUCACCCUGGAGCGCUGGUACGCCAUCACCUUCGCCAUGCGGCCUGACCGCAAGAUUCGCCUCCGGCACGCCGUGCUCAUCAUGCUGGGAGGGUGGUUCUCCUGCAUCCUGCUCGCCCUUUUGCCACUGGUUGGUGUCAGCAGCUACAGCAAAGUCAGCAUCUGCUUGCCUAUGGACACAGAAACACCAGUGGCUGAAGCCUACGUUGUCUUUGUUUUAAUAUGUAACAUUAUUGCUUUUGUCAUCAUUUGUGCCUGCUACAUAAAAAUUUACCUAACUGUGCGAAACCCCCAGUACAAGUCAGGGGACAAAGACACCAAAAUUGCCAAGCGGAUGGCUGUGUUGAUCUUCACGGACUUUCUGUGCAUGGCUCCCAUCUCUUUCCAUGCUUUAUCUGCCAUUAUGAACAAACCACUGAUAACUGUCUCCAAUUCCAAGAUUUUGCUGGUACUUUUCUACCCACUCAAUUCUUGUGCCAACCCCUUUCUUUACACUAUUUUCACCAAAGCUUUCCGCAGAGAUGUGUUUAUCCUGCUAAGCAGGUUUGGUAUAUGUGAGCAUCAGGCUCAAGUCUACAGAGGUCAGACAGUCUCAGCCAAAAACAGCAGCGGGUCUUACGGGCAGAGAAUCAACCAAGGGAUAGGUCAGAUUCUUACCAGCAUUCAAGACCCAGUCAAUGAUUACCUUCCUGCUGUGACAACACAGGACCAAAUUCUCAUGGAAGAAUGCAAGCAAACUGAGCUAUAA